AUGGCAUCCGCGACCACCCUGACCGAGCCUGAACUCCCAAAUCCCACAGAGCCAUCUUCAGAGAAUCAUUACCUGCAUGACAACGAACCGAUCACUAUCAAUGGAACCAGCAAAAUCGAAACAGUGCAGGUUGACGAGGAAUUCAUCAAAGAUGCGAUAAACCUAGCCACAGUUAAUGCACUCCGAUUGGCACUCUACCAGGUAACAGGAGAUGCCGAGCUUAGAGAUAUGAAAGUCUCGAAAGAGCCUAUCCGUGGUGGCGCAAUGGCGGACUACGUGAUAUCCAAAGAAGAUGAAGAGAAGGUUAAAGCGAAGGCACAAGAGUUCCUCACGCUGCAGGAGCAACGCAAGGCUCCUAUUACGCCAGUUGAAUUCUCGGAACCCUCCUUCGAAGAUUCCUCGAACCUCAUGAAGAUAUUCACAGGAGAGAACUUGAAGCCCAGCGAACUCCGCCUUGGCCACGAAGAACUAGCAUUUGAGAACAUGCCCCGAGCAGUAAAUUGGACUAAGCAACCAUCCCCAGAGACGCUCAAGAACUUUCAUAUUGUUGUGGUUGGCGCAGGUAUCAACGGAAUAUCCACCGCAGUCUCACUGAAACGUCUCGGCAUCAACUACACAGUUAUCGACCGACAAUCUGACACCGGCGGCACCUGGAUCAUCAACACAUACCCAGAGGCCCGCGUCGACACCCUCGGAUUCUCAUUCCAAUACAAGUUUGAACGCGGCUACAAAUGGAAAGAGAUGUUUCCCUCCGCGCAAGAACUCCGCGAAUACCUGGACUACGUCGCCAUCAAGCACGACGUUAAACCCCGCUUCAAGUUCAAUCGCGAGCUCAUCGCCGCAACCUGGGAUGAAGCAUCUCAGAGUUGGCAACUCAUCCUUAAGCUCCCCGACGGCAGCACCGAGCCUAUGACCGCCAACGCCAUCAUAAGUGCGGGCGGCCUCUUCGCCACCGCAAACCUUCCUGACAUCCCCGGCAUCAAGUCCUACAAAGGCACCAUGUUCCACACGACUGCCUGGGACAACUCAUACGACUACCACAACAAACGCAUCGCUGUCAUCGGCAACGGCUCCAGCGGCGCCCAACUCAUCCCGGGCCUCGCAAAAACCGCCUCUCACCUCGCAGUUUAUCAACGCACGCCGCAGUGGAUCGCCCCCUACGAUGGCUACCGUGCCAAAGUCCCCGCGCAUCUCGAUUGGCUACUCGACCGCAUGCCCUACUACCGCAACUGGUACGGCUACGCACUAUUCGUGCGCGGCAUGCAGCUGCCACCCCUCCAAGUCGAGGACAAAGACUGGAUCGCGAAGGGGGGGCUGAUCAACGAGCGCAACGACGGCAUGCGUAAGGGCCUGACCGCAUACAUAGAAUCAAAAGUCGGCAAGGACUCCCCAAUGCUACCGAAGCUGAUCCCCGAAUCCGCGCCGCUGGUGCGUCGGCUCGUCGUCGAUAACGGCUACUACGACGCGCUGAUGUGGGACAAUACGGAGUUGGUGACCGAGGGGAUUACCUCGUUUACAGAGAAGGGGAUUAAGACGGUCGACGGGAAGGAGCGGGAGUUUGAUUUGGUCGUACUGGGCUGCGGGUUCAAGCCGACUGAGUACCUUUAUCCCUGCGACUAUACUGGCCGUGACGGCGCGAAGCUCGAUAAGACGUGGGCGAAAGACGGCGCGCGCAGCUAUCUGGGCCUUACAAUCCCAGGCUAUCCGAAUCUGUUCACGCUGUAUGGUCCGAACCACCAGCCGCGGGGCGGGCCGUCGCUGCACAGCUGGAGCGAGAUCUGGGGGAGGUAUGUGAUUGCGGGUAUUGUGAAGCUGAUUGAGGGCGGGAAGAGGAGUAUGGAAGUAAAGCAAGAAGUGUAUGACGAGUAUAAUGAGAGGCUGGAUAAGGAGAAUGCGAAGCUGAUUUGGGAGAGGGAGGGCGCGGGGUAUUUCGUGAAUAAGUUUGGGAGGCAAGGGGUUAAUAUGCCGUGGACGAGUGAGGUGUAUCAUGCGUGGGUUGUCAGUCCUGAAUUGGGGGAGUAUGAUGUGAGAUAA